AUGAAGUCAGAGAGCUGGUAUGCCUUCAUCUUCUGCUUCCUAAUUGAAGUUCUAACAGAAGAAAUCAAUGAUACUGCUAAGCCUGAGAUGUUCAUGUUUCACAAAGGAGGUGUGCAAAUCAUCUGCAAACACCCCGAGACCAUUCAGCAGUUUAAAAUGCAGUUGCUGAAAGGGACAGAGAGGCGCUGUGAGCUCACCAAAACCAAGGAAAGCGGGACCACGGUGUCCACCAUCAAGAAUUUGGAGAGAUGUCCAUUUCAGUUAUCCAACAACAGUGUCUCCUUCUUUCUCUAUAACGUGGACAGUUCUUAUGCCAGCUAUUACUGCUGCCAACUAACCAUUUUCGAUCCUCCUCCUUACCGUGUCCAGACUGUUACCAGAGGAUAUUUACAUGUCUAUGAAUCACAGCCUUGUUGCCAGUUGAAGUUCUGGUUGCCCAUCAUCUGUGCAGCUUUUGUCAUUCUCUACAUUUUUGGAUGCGUGAUUAUUUGUUGGCUUACAAAAAAGAAGUAUCAGUCCACUGUGCACGAUACUAAUAGUGAAUACAUGUCUAUGGCCGCAGUGAACACAGCCAAAAUACCUGGACUCAGAGCCCCAGGUGUGAACGACAUUGGCCAGUCCCCUCAACUUGAAGUGCAGGAUUCUUUCCUUUCCUGGACCACAAAGUUUGACUUGAUUUGA